GCGGCAGGUCCUGCAGGCCUUCCAACGAUAUCUGCAGUCAACUUGGUUUGCAGGGGCGAGUGUUCGGCGUGGCUGGGCAGUGGAUAGCAGGCCACCAUGGCCACGGCCAUGGCACAGGGGCCUGCAGAAGCGGCCACGCCUGACCCCGACGCCCUGCGGCUCAGCAGCGAGGAGGCCGUGGCGGAGGACGGCGCCCUGCCUCUGAACCUCGACAUCACCACCGAGCAGCUGUCGCUGGCGGGCAUAGAGAAGGAGAUUGAGGCGUUCGCCGACUCCGAGGUGCUGCGGGCCAUCCUGGACCAAGGCAGAUCAAGGCGUGCGACGACAUCCUGGUGGGGAUGGAGGGCAUGCUGGGGCGCUUCCAGUCCGACCUGGGCAGCAUCUCCACGGAGAUCCGCAGCCUGCAGGAGCAGAGCUCCUCCAUGAGCGUGCGACUCAAGAACCGGCGCGUGGUGCAGGAGCGGCUGGGCGACUUCAUCCAGCACGUGGGCAUCCCGCCGCCGCUCAUCUUUGGCAUCGUGCAGGGAGAGAUUGGGGAGGAGUUCCUGAGGCACCUGGAGGCGCUGGCGGGCAAGCUGGAGUAUGCGCCUGCCGAUCAAUGCGCAUCCUCCCAACCACCUCUCCCUCUCAUGGACGUGGCGCCCGAACUGGAGCGGCUCAAGGUCAAGGCGGUGGCGCGCUGCCGGGACUUCCUGAUGGAUCGCAUCUACGACAUGCGGCGCCCCAAGACCAACCUGCCGGUCAAGCAGAGCGUACUGCUGAAGUACCGCUACAUGGCCUCCUUCCUCAAGCAGCACGCGCCAGACAUUUAUGCAGAGGUGCGGGGCGCGUAUGUGGACAAGGUGGGGCAGACGAUGCUGGACCUGUUCCGAGCAUACUGGGCGGCCAUGGAGCGGCUGGAGGAGGUAGUGAUCACAGCAGCAGAUGCGCUGGGCGCCCCGGAGGCUGCCAGCGGUGCUGGCCUGUCGCUCGGCGCCUUCUUCCAGCGCCAGCCGACCCACCCCGCGGCCUCCUCGGGCCUCAGCGGCCACCGUGCGGACGUGUAUGCGCUGAGGGACAGGGCGGGGGUGCUGGCGCAGCUGGGGGCGCCGCCGCUGGUGCUGCACCGGCUGCUGCCCCUUUCUGCCCGCCCUGGCCUGCAGGUGCUCUUCCGAUCGCUGCACCGGCUUCUAAUGGACACAGCGGCACAUGAGUAUCUCUUCUGCCUGGACAUGUGGGGGCAAGAGGCGGCAUACAGACGCGUCCAGCCAGGCCCCCACCUCCAACGCUCAUCCGCAUCGGCUGCACCUGCCCCCCUUGCCGCCCGCCUUCUGGCAGACCCGCUGGCCAUCAUGCUGAUGAUCCGCAUCAACCGCGAGAACAGCCUGGCCAUGAGCCGGCGGCGGCUGCCCGCGCUGGACGGAUACUUUGACCGCAUCAACCUGGCGCUGUGGCCGCGCCUCAAGGUGGGGCGGGGCUGGCGGGCAGCUGGCGGGGCUCAGAGGAGGUUGGAGGUUUCGUUGAGGCCUCCGGUCGGCUUCUGGGGCGCCGCUCUGAUGGCUGCCUGCGGCUGGCAGCAUGGGCGCGGCGGGAGGUCCUCGCCUGGUCCCCUGCCCCCCACCCCCCACGCAGUCAUGAACCUGCUCCUCCACCUGAGCCGCCAGUUCCCGGCCAGGGGGCGCGGCACCGUCUUCCUCAUCAUCAACUUUUCGUACGUUGCGGGCGUGCUCAAGAACACCACGUGUGCUCCCGCAGGGCUGGCGCUGCUCAAGGAGUUUGAGGACAGCCUGGCCCGCUGCACCUCCCUCUACACAGACGACCAGCUGGCCCGCCUGGCGCCGCAGCUGGUGUCGUUUGUGAAGCGGGGCGAGGCGGCGGCUGGCGGGGUGCCCCAUGGGCAGGAGGUGCCCGGGUUCAGCCCCGCGGAGGCGGCGCCCGUGGCCGCAGACUUCUCCCACAAGUGGCAGCACCUUGUGGAGGCCGUCAACAGGCGGGUGGUGGUGGACUUUGGGGCGACCGCUGCAGGGCGCUCCGUGCUGCAGUCCGCCUUCACCCAGCUGCUCCUGCACUACAACCGCUUCCUGGAGCUGUGCAAGCGGCAGGGGGCGGCGGGGAUGGGGGUGGUGCAGGGCGCGGUGACGCUGCCCUCCAUUAUGUACUACAUCAAGCAGUACAGCAGGUAG